AUGGAAACGAAUCUUACCAAUAAUUAUUCAAAACUUGAAACAUUUUCUGACGAAGUUUUUUUCGAAAUAUUUGAUCGUUUAUCACCUAGUGAUCUAUAUAAAACAUUUUAUGGUUUAAAUAUUCGUUUAAAUACAAUAUUAAAUGAUUCUCGUAUGCGUUUUCGUGAUAAUCUCUCAUCUCUUACUCCAAAACAAUUUCAUUCCUAUGUUAAAAAUAUUCUUCCACAAAUUAUUGAUCGUCUGAUUUCAUUUAAAUUUGGAACAUAUGAUACAGAUGAGUAUCAACAAGUCAGUCUUUUCUUACAUAAAUAUUCUAUUGAUUUAAGUCGAUUCAAACAUCUUCGUACAUUAGUAAUUAUAAAAAUGACAAUAGGAGAUGUUCAAAUUGUUCAAUCAGCACUUAUUCAUCUUAUACAUCUUGUAAAUAUACGUUUUUCAGUUGAUAGUAAUGAUGUUGAUACAACAUCUUUUGUUCAUAUUGGUAAUGAUUUAUUAGCUGGACCAAAAUUAAAACGUGUUAAAAUGGAUAUGUGUGCUCGAACAACAUUUGAAAAUGUAACUAAAUCAUCUAAUAUUGAACAAUUAUCAAUAGCAUGGUGUGAAAUGCAAGAAUUAACACAUUUACUUCAAUAUUCACCAUAUUUAUCUACACUUAAAGCAACUAUAUGCGGAUUAAAUUAUGCUGAUACCUGGAUACAAACAAUACGUGGAAGUCUUAAUCAAAAGUGUUCUCUACGUUUAAAUUCUCUUAAACUAGUUAUUGAAUCAAUACGUUUUGAUUAUUUAUUAUUAUUACUUCAUGAAUUAAAACAAUUACGUGCAUUAUGGCUAUUACUUAAUCAUUACGAAUAUCUGGAUGCUGAAAAAUGGGAAAAUUUAUUUCAAACAUCUUUAUUACAAUUAGAUCAACUUGAUUUAACAAUUGCAUUAACUAAACCAUUUUUAUCUGUUAAUACAGCUGGACAAUUAAUUAUGUUAUCAACACCACAUAUAGCAUGUGCAAAAUUUAAUACAAAAUUUUGGUAUGAACGUGGUUGGCGUGCAAAACUUGAUGAAUAUGAUCAUUGUGUACGAUUAACUGUAUCAAAUAAUACCGUACCUAUAUGA